AUGGUGCUGAUGCCUCAGAAGUUUGCCAUCUGUUUUACUUUGGGGUGUGCAUCUAUUGUUGGAUCUUUCUUUGCUCUUAAAGGCCCCAAGAAUCAGCUCAAGCACAUGUCUUCAAGGGAGAGACUUCCUUUCACUUUGGGAUUUGUUGGCAGUAUGGUUGGCACCAUUUAUGUGUCAAUGGUGCUUCAUAGCUACAUUCUGUCGGUUCUAUUCUCUGUCUUACAGGUUCUUGCACUUGCAUACUAUGCAAUCUCAUAUUUUCCUGGAGGAUCUGCUGGCCUGCGGUUCCUUUCAGCAACGAUGACAUCCUCAAUACUCCGAUGCUUCGGAAGAUAA